AUGGCGACGGCGAGUGGAUCAAAGCAGCAGCAGCAACGCAAGCCACUCGACAACCGGAUACCGUACCUCAUCUCCAAUGGCGUCCAGACCCAGCACCGCUCCUUCUUCGUCAUGGUCGGCUCACAGAAACAGGCUCACCAGCAGAUCGUCAAUUUGCAUUGGCUCCUGUCCGAGUCUCGCAUGUCUUCUACAGCUCCCACAACGAGUGCUGGAAGACACGCAAAGGGCAAAGCAGCCAGUCGGCCCAACGUAUUGUGGUGCUACUCCAAAGAGCUUGGAUUCUCGAGCAACCGCAAGAAAAGAGCCGAAAAGAUCAAACGAGAUAUCGCGAGGAACGUCAGGGAUCAGGACGACAUGGAUCCUUUCGAGCUCUUUGUCGGCGCCACAGAUAUCCGGUACUGCUACUACAAGGAUACCGAGAAGAUCCUCGGUCAGACUUAUGGCAUGCUCGUCUUGCAAGACUUUGAGGCCAUCACGCCCAAUCUGCUCGCGAGAACGAUCGAGACUGUCGAAGGGGGAGGACUGGUCGUGCUCAUCCUGCAAGGCAUGAAGAGCCUCAAGCAGCUCUACGCAAUGACGAUGGAUGUUCAUUCACGCUACAGGACGGAGACGUCAGAUGCGCCCAUAGCGCGCUUCAACGAACGUUUCAUCUUGUCGUUGGGAUCCUGUUCUACUUGCCUGAUUCUCGACGACGAACUGAAUGUCUUGCCCAUCAGCGAUGCCAAAGAUAUUGUACCUUUGGAAAAAGCAAGCGCAAAGGGGAAGAGCCCGGCAAAGACGGAGCUAGACGAACUGAAGGACUCGCUCAAAGAGACUCAGCCAGCUGGCUCUGUCAUCGCCGAAGCGCGCACGAUCGAUCAGGCCCGAGCCAUCCUGACUUUUACAGAGGCAAUCGCUUCAAAGACCCUCUCGUCCACUGUCUCGCUGACCGCCGCCAGAGGGCGAGGAAAGUCAGCCGCGCUGGGUCUGUCCAUCGCACUAGCGGUCGCGCACUCGUAUUCGAACAUCUUCGUCACUUCACCUUCGCCGGAGAAUCUCAAGACGCUCUUCGAGUUCAUCUUCAUAGGCUUUGACAAGCUGGGCUACCAAGAGCAUCUCGACUAUGAUGUCGUCCAAAGUACCAAUCCAGACUUCAAGAGCGCCAUUGUCAGAGUCAAUGUCUUCAGAGACCACCGGCAGACUAUCCAGUAUAUCAGACCGCAAGAUGCACAUGCGCUCGGACAAGCCGAACUCGUCGUCAUCGACGAAGCCGCCGCUAUCCCUCUGCCGCUCGUUCGCAAGCUCAUUGGACCCUAUCUCGUAUUCCUAUCCUCAACGAUAAACGGCUACGAAGGAACAGGUCGAUCCCUCUCCCUAAAGUUGAUUCAGCAACUGCGAGAGGCUUCAUCUGCUACUGCUUCCUCGCUCCUGAAGGCCGCCGAGCGGGAAAACACGAAAAAGGGAGUCACUGCUACUGCCACGCCGGCUGUCACGAUCAGUCGAGUGCUCAAAGAGGUCAAGUUGGAAGACCCCAUCCGAUACGGUCAGGGAGAUCUGGUCGAGCGAUGGCUCAACACGCUGCUGUGCCUCGACGCCACCAUUGCACCCUCGAAAGGUAUGCAGGGAUGUCCGCUGCCCGCUCAGUGCGACUUGCUCUACGUCAAUCGCGACACGUUGUUCAGCUAUCAUCCCGCCAGCGAGCUCUUCUUGCAGCGCAUGAUGGCUCUCUACGUCGCUUCGCACUACAAGAAUUCGCCAAAUGACUUGCAGCUCAUGAGUGAUGCGCCCCAGCACCACCUGUUUGUGUUACUGCCGCCGCUCAAAGAGGAUGAUAACACGCUGCCCGAGCCUCUCGUCGUUAUCCAAGUAGCGCUCGAAGGCAGUAUAGGCAAGCGAAGCAUACUCGAUGGCUUGCAACGUGGUAUCAGGCCGUCGGGAGACUUGAUACCCUGGACGAUCUCUCAGCAGUUCCAAGAUGACGAUUUUGGUACCAUGUCGGGCGCGCGAAUCGUCAGAAUAGCGACGCAUCCUGAUUAUGCGAAGAUGGGUUACGGCACUCGCGCCCUGCAGGCUCUCGAUGCGUUCUACAGCGGCCAAUUGCUCAAUCUUUCCGAAGCGCUCGAGGAUAUGCAGAUCGAGACUUUCGAGAGCGCAGCCAAGCCGAGCAAGCAGGACACGCUGCAUACUGAAGUCAUUGCUGUGCGAAAUGCUGCUCGCAUGCCGCCACUGCUGCAACGCUUGCCUGAGCGUCAGCCCGAGAAAUUAGACUAUCUUGGCGUCUCAUACGGCCUGACGCCCUCGCUCUUCAAAUACUGGAAGCGUAAUGGCUACAUUCCCAUGUAUCUUCGUCAGACCGAGAACGACUUGACGGGCGAGCAUACUUGUAUCAUGCUACGGGGUCUUUCGAGCAGCAGAUCAGAGUCAGCAGGCUGGCUCUCCGCAUUCGCUCUCGACUUUCGCAGGCGGUUCCUUUCGCUGCUUUCAUUCAAGUUCCGCGAAUUCUCUUCGGUGCUUUCGCUGAGUAUCAUCGAAGGUGCAAAUGCUGGCGCUAUUCAGCAAGCUAGUCAUCUUACUGCCGCUGAUGUGCGAGAGCUCUUCACGCCGCAUGAUCAGAAGCGCUUGACGUCCUAUGCGAACAACAUGCUCGACUACCAUGUCAUUCUCGAUCUGCUGCCAAGUCUGGCUACCCUCUUCUUCGCCGGACGUUUCGGUCCUGACAUCACACUCUCUGGCGUGCAACGAUCGAUCUUGCUCUCGCUUGGUCUGCAGCGUAAGUCGAUCGAGGAUGUGGAGAGAGAUCUUGAUCUACCUGUCACGCAAUGUCUGGCUCUCUUCGUCAAGUGCAUGCGUAAACUCUCGAAAGCGCUCGAUGACAUACAGAAGCACCAGAUAGAAGCAACACUCAACGAAGAACUUCCGUCUGCGUCUCAGGCCAAUGGCAGGCUAGCUUUUGAGCCCGUGAAGCAAGAUCUUGCGGAAGAGCUCAACGAUGAGGGGAAUGAAGUCGUGCGACAGCUGCGCGACGAGCAACGAGAGGUAAUCAACUCGCUCGACCUUUCAAAGUAUGCAAUCGCAGGCGAAGAGAGUGACUGGCAGCAGGCGGAAGCGAGAGCGGCACAGCUCAAGAACGCAUCAGGUGCUCAGAGCGUCUUCAGCAUCCGCAACCCUGCCUCGACGAAGCGAAAGUCGGCAGACAAGCAGACACCACAGACCAACGGUACCGAGAAGAAACGCAAGAAAUCAGGCAAACGUCAAUAG